CCAUGAAUCCCUUCUCUUCCGGGACCCGCCUCAGGGACAUGAUUCGAGCUAUACGUGCUUGCAAAACUGCUGCAGAAGAGCGUGCUGUUGUGAGAAAAGAAUGUGCUGCUAUACGUGCUGCUAUUAGUGAAAAUGAUCAGGAUUAUAGGCAUCGUAAUCUUGCAAAGCUCAUGUUCAUUCACAUGCUUGGUUAUCCUACUCAUUUUGGUCAAAUGGAAUGUCUCAAACUGAUAGCUUCUGCUGGUUUUCCUGAAAAGAGAAUUGGCUAUCUUGGUCUAAUGCUGCUUCUUGAUGAAAGGCAGGAAGUUCUUAUGCUUGUUACAAAUUCCUUGAAACAAGAUCUCAAUCAUUCAAAUCAAUAUAUUGUGGGUCUUGCACUUUGUGCUCUAGGGAAUAUAUGUUCUGCAGAAAUGGCACGGGAUCUUGCACCAGAAGUAGAAAGGUUACUACAAACUAGAGAUCCAAACAUUAGAAAGAAGGCUGCUUUGUGCUCUAUAAGGAUAAUAAGAAAAGUUCCAGACUUAGCAGAAAACUUUAUGGGCCCUGCUGCUUCUUUGCUGAAGGAAAAACAUCACGGAGUUUUAAUAGCUGGAGUUCAGCUCUGUACAGAUCUAUGUAAAGCUAGUACUGAUGCCUUAGAAUAUUUGAGAAAGAACUGCACCGAGGGACUGGUUCGAAUUCUGAGAGAUGUCUCAAAUAGUCCAUAUGCACCUGAAUAUGACAUUGCUGGGAUUACAGACCCAUUUCUGCACAUCCGAGCGCUUAGGCUUAUGCGUAUGCUGGGUCAAGGAGAUGCAGAUUCCAGUGAGUAUAUGAAUGACAUUCUUGCUCAGGUUGCGACAAAAACUGAGUCAAACAAAAAUGCUGGAAAUGCUAUUCUGUAUGAAUGUGUUGAAACUAUCAUGGGUAUUGAAGCUACUAGUGGUCUUCGUGUGCUUGCUAUCAAUAUUUUGGGAAGGUUCUUGUCAAAUCGUGACAACAAUAUCAGAUAUGUUGCCCUUAAUAUGCUCAUGAAGGCUGUUACAGUUGAUUUUCAAGCAGUGCAAAGGCACAGAACAACGAUUCUAGAGUGUGUUAAGGAUUCUGAUGCCUCAAUCCGGAAAAGAGCCCUUGAACUUGUUUUUCUCUUAGUCAAUGACAACAAUGUGAAGUCUUUGACAAAAGAACUUAUUGAUUACCUAGAAGUAAGUGAUCAAGACUUCAAGGGAGAUCUGACUGCCAAAAUUUGCUCAAUUGUUGAAAAGUUUUCUCAAGAGAAGCUAUGGUAUAUUGAUCAGAUGUUCAAGGUUUUAUCUCUGGCUGGGAACUAUGUAAAAGAUGAUGUGUGGCAUGCCCUAAUAGUCAUGAUAAGCAAUGCACCUGAUCUUCAAGGGUACUCUGUAAGGUCAUUAUACAAGGCAUUCCAAACUUCAAAUGAACAGGAGAGUUUAGUGCGAGUAACAGUAUGGUGCAUUGGGGAAUAUGGCGAGAUGCUGGUCAAUAAUGUUGGAGUGCUGGAAAUGGAGGAACCGAUGACAGUAACAGAAUCUGAUGCUGUGGAUGUUGUAGAGGUUGCCUUAAAACGUCAUUCUUCGGAUAUCAAAACUCGAGCAAUGUCCUUGGUUGCUCUUUUGAAGAUCUCUUCACGUUUUCCUCCCACUUCGGAGAGGAUAAGAGAGAUAGUUAUGCAGCAUAAAGAAAAUGUUGAACUAGAGUUACAGCAAAGAUCAAUUGAAUUCAACUCGAUCAUCCAAAGACAUCAGAAUAUUAAAUCUUCUUUGGUUGAAAGGAUGCCUGUUCUGGAUGAGUCAACUUACAUUGGAAAGAGAGUGGGCUCUUCACAAGCAACCCUUCCAGCAGAUAAAUCUAGCCGACCAACCUCUGGAUCUCCAGGGGCCUCACUGAAGCUUCCAAAUGGUGUAGCCAAACCACCACCAGCUCCCCUGGUGGAUCUACUUGAUUUAAGUUCAGAUGAUGUGCCAGCCCCUACUUCAUCUGCUACUGAUUUUCUGCAUGACCUGUUGGGUGGUGAUUUGAUGAGUCCGUCAUCAUCAGCUCCAUCAGGGGGUGCAGGUACAGAUAUUCUGAUGGAUCUUCUAUCAAUUGGAUCACCUUCUGCACCAACUGAUGUAUCAAUACGUAAUACUAUUUCCUCCAACCAAGGAAAUGCAGGAGAGCCUAAAACUGCUCCUGCUUCAGUAAUGGAUUUAUUGGAUGGCUUACCAUCAAAUUCAUCUCUUCCAGGUGACAAGAAUCCAAUUUAUCCAUCUAUCACGGCUUUUGAGAGUAGCACCUUGAAGGUUACAUUCAGCUUCACAAAGCAGCCAGGAAAACCACAAAAUACAAUGAUUCAGGCUACAUUUACAAAUUUGUCAUCUAAUACUUACACAGAUUUCAUUUUUCAAGCAGCUGUUCCUAAGUUCAUCCAGUUGCGUUUAGACCCAGCUAGCAGCAGUACUCUUCCAGCCAGUGGCAAUGGGACAAUUACGCAAAUGCUUAGUGUCACUAAUAGCCAGCAUGGGCAGAAAGCCCUUGCGAUGCGUUUAAGGAUUGUCUACAAAGUGAAUGACCAAGAUAAGAUGGAACAAGGACAGAUCAACAAUUUUCCUCCUGGUUUAUGAGCCUGCUGUUUGGUGCCUAAGAGUUGUGCUAGAGUUUUUUCUUUUAUUUUCUAUUUCAUGGAGGGUUUUCUUUUUUUUUUUUGUUUUUUUCUUGCUUUAGAUUAUCCUUAGACGAUCUAGACGUUUUUGAUUGUUCACAUAUAAUGUAUAGAAAUUGGCAUUAAUACCACAUGGGUAAGUUCCGGUCAGUAGUAUGCUUCCGGUUAGUGUAUGCCUUGCAGUUCUUUAAUAGGGCUGCAGAACUGAUUCAUUUUUCCCGGGCAGGGAAAAGGUUGUUGUACGGAUAAAAUGUUCAAUUUAUCGUUGGAUGUAUACUUGAAAUUGUA